AGACAAGAAAGUCCGUUUGCCUCACUUGCCCAUAGUCUUUACCGGCUAGAAAAAGCAGAUUGGCUUUGGUUCGUUUCAGAAUCUAGAGCAUUUAUUUGUUACUUGUCUUAAUUUCUCACGGCAAUUUGCAAAUUACAUAGGCCGCACCUCUACAGACCCAAAGAAAGAUGUCUCAGGAAGAAAGUCUACCCGAGGGAUGGGAAGCUCGCAAGAGCCGGAGCACGGGUAUGACAUAUUACCUGAACUCCCACACUAAAAAGUCGCAGUGGGAGAAGCCUGAGGGCCCCGCUCCCAUGGAAGAGGAAGAGGAUGAUGGCAGCUCUCCAAAGAAGGUGCAGUGCAGUCACUUGCUGGUGAAGCAUGAAGGUAGCCGGCGCCCAUCGUCAUGGCGCGAGGAUAAGAUCACUCGCUCUAAGGAGGAGGCACUAGCCAUUCUCUCAGAGUAUCGUCAGAAGAUUGUCAACAAGGAAGCAUCAUUUGAAGAGUUGGCCAAACAGUACUCAGAUUGCUCAUCAGCCAAGCGUGAUGGUGAUCUGGGCAUGUUCAAGAGGGGGCAAAUGCAGAAGCCUUUUGAGGACUGUGCCUUCUCCCUGAAGAUAGGGCAGCUCAGCCAGCCUGUUGAGACGGAUUCAGGAGUCCACAUUAUUCUCCGAACUGCCUAAAUCUAUCAGCAACUUAUUCAUUGAUUGAAUAAGGUUCACAUCUUAUUUUAUUACAAAAUUUGAACUGUUUACAACAAUUUUGGAGCUUCAUGUAAUAUUUGUGUCGUUAACUAGCAAGAUCAAUGAUUACUGAAAUAACUAUUAAUUAACUAUGAUAUUAUACCUAAGGGCAAAUUUAUUUUUUUUUGGUUUCUAAGUUACAUUGUUUAAAAAAAAGACUCCAAGCUAUGAAGUUAUGAUUUACAAUAAAUUAGAUUAGGUCUUAUGUUAGUAUUGGAUAACUUAUUAUACUAUAUAUUUUUUUAAUACAUAAUAGUUUCACAAGAUUGUUAUUGAGGUUUAACAUUGGGAGUGUUUUAAUUUUAAGAAGUAAGUGAAUUUGCUAAUAUUUCAUAACUUAGCGUUUAUAAAAUGGACUGGCAGAUUCCAGAGUUAUUAUGAAUUCCAUUGUUAACACUAAAAUAUGGUGUUAGUACAUUUAGCAUAAAUGAUAAGCACUUGAUGAUUUUUCACGAAAAACGUUCCAGUAGUAUAAAGAAGCUAUUAUAUAAAAACAAAAUAAUUAAAUGAUUCUCUUGGGUUUGAUGAGGUCCACACAAACUGGAAAAUACUUAGAUACAGCAUACAUUUUUUCAGUAAAUUGUAGGUACUUAACUUUGUACUAUUAAGAUUUUUUUUUUUCUAAUUUAUCUGUAUCUCACCUUGGAAUAAAAUACUUGUUUUUA